AUGAUUGAUGAAGAAAUACCUCAAUACAAAGAAGGUGAGAGAAGUGAUCACACUCAAGAAAAGGAAUUAGAUGAGAUCGACGAAGAUCCUCAAUAUGAAAAAAUGGCACCUUUAGAAGAAGAAAUGCAAUUAAUUUUUCAAAAACUACAUGAACAAGAUGAAAAUAUAAUAUACGAAGCAUUAUGCGAGUUAUAUGAUGUGACAAAAGACUUUCAAUAUGAUUAUCCCGCAGAAAUUCUCGAAAAACUUUUAGAAUUAUUAUCAAUUCAAAACGAAAAACUUCAUAACGAACUUAUUUACGUCCUCAUUAAUGCAAUUAAGCAUGAAAAUGGCUCAGCUUUGUAUUUAAAAGAAAACGGAAUUUUUGAUUACAUAGAAGAUCAAUUUCCAAGCUUAUUUGCCACAAAAUUAUUACUGUAUCUAUUCAAGAAAUUCGACGAGAUUAAAUUCCACAUCAUGGGAACAGAUUUGAAAAAUAAAUUAAUCGAAUGUUUGGAUCAAACCGAUGAUGACAUACAUUUCUCAUACCUUGCAGAUAUAUGUGCUCAACUAGUGGCAAAGAAGAUCACGAAAGAGGUUACAAUCAAUACAGAUGAAAUUAUUGAGAUUUUUGACCAUUUACUUGAAGCAUUUCUAAGAAUUCCUCGCGAAGAUGAAAGCGCGGUAAUUAGUUUUGCCAACGCAUUUUCAUUUUACAUAGAUUCAAACAAAUUAUUUUUAGAAAUUUUUCUCAUAAAAGACUUAAUUGAUCUAUUCAUACAUUAUCCAUGCGACAAUCCCGGAUACGUAGAGAAUGUCCUGCUAAUGGCCUCUUCAAUCGCGAGGAAUAGUGAAGAAUGUGCAAAAUACUUAGAAGCACGACAUGCGAUGGAAUUUUGUGAGCAUUAUUUAGAUUCAGAUAAUAAAUUUGUCUUGGCCGAUGCUUUUCAUGUUUUAACUGAAUUAUUAAUUUAUAUUCCUGAACUUUGCAAUCAUUACGUUAGUAGUCAGAUAAUUCAUAAGGCUGUUGAAAUAUUUAGAGAUGAAACUACAAGUAUCUUGGUUCAAAAAGCAAUUUUAAGGCUUUCUAUUUAUAUUAUUAAUUAUAUGCCUUCUGCAGGCUUCCAUUUAGUCGAAGAGUCAGGUUUAUAUAAUAUAUUAUUUGAGAAUUGCCCUUUAACAGAUCCAAAAGAUUCAUUUUUUGUUAUUUAUGCAAUUUUAAGAUUAUUUCAAGAGGGAUAUGACAUAAGGUACUCAGAACAUGGUCACAUUUGUGAUCGUUGUCAUGAUGAUGAGCAUGAGAGUGAAGAAAAUAAGAAUGAAGUGGAAAAAAAUGAAAUUAAUGUUGAUCUUAUUGAAUGGCUAGAAGAUCAAAGAGGAAAAGGAUCAGAAAAAACAGAUUUGAUUAUAGAUGAACUUGUUAGGACACUUAAACACGAACAACCUAUAUAG